AUGUUGGUUGUUGUGAGCCAUGAAAAAGAAAAAAUCAAGACUGCUCUGAUACCAUACUGUACAGAUGCCACCCUAAUACAUAAUUUCAUUAAGCAAUUACACAAGGUGUUUUCUCUCAAAGACUUGGGUGAUCUACAUUAUUUUCUUGGGAUACAAAUUACUCAUCAAGCAUCUGCUGUUACACUCAGUCAAACAAAUUACAUUAAAGAAAUACUACAUAAAACCAAGAUGCAAGAUGCAGCUUCCGUUUCUACUCCCGCUGAUUGUCAAACCAAACUAACUCUGGAAGGAGAAGCAUUUUCUGAAGCAAAACUGUAUCGACAGGUUGUUGGAUCUUUGCAAUAUGCCACGAUUACACGUCCCGACAUAGCUUAUGUUGUAAAUCGCGUUUGCCAAUAUAUGCACAAUCCCACUGUCAAGCAUUGGCAAGCAGUGAAGCGAAUUAUUAGGUAUCUCAAUGGUACACUUCAUCACUACCUUCACUUCUCCCCAACAAGAUCCACCUCAUUGCUAGCUUACUCUGAUUCUGGUUGGAUAUCUGAUUCGGAUGAUAGUCGAAGUCAAUAUGGUUUUGCAAUUUAUCAUGGGUCAAACUUAAUCAGUUGGACUUCACGCAAACAAAGAAUGGUAGCUCGAUCAAGCACUGAGGCGGAAUAUCGAUCUCUUGCAUAUACAACUGCUGAACUUCUAUGGAUUAAACACUUGCUUUCUGAUCUUGUAGUUCCCUUCACCAAGCCUCCUCUUCUUCUCUGUCACAAUGUUGGUGUUGUAUUCAUGACCAAGAACCCUGUCAUUCGCACCCGUCAAAACAUAUUGCUUUGGAUGUUCACUUCAUACGUGAACAAGUAG